AUGCCGAACUCCAAUACUGGCACUGUUCGUAGCGCCGAAUUGCCUUCGCCAAACAAUGCAAGAAAUUUAUCUAUCGAAUCUGUUGCAGGUUCCGAAGUCGAAUCAUCUUCACGUCUUCAGGAGGACACAUUGCACCGGCGACGAAAUAUUCCCGGCAAGAAGAACAGUGCUGGUGGACAUGAUGAGUCUGGGAGACUUGGCGAUGCUUCUACCUCGACUUCGCCGAAAGCACACGGUUCAAUAAGCAGCGCAUUGAAAAUCGAAAGCGCCGAUACGCCAAUUGACGUGAAGUCAUCGGCUUCUGAGAUGAAUUCGAGAAAUAUUGCGGAGGCCAUUCGCUUACUAAGUGUAUGGACGACCCGCGCUAAACAGCUUAGGGAAGAGCAGGAGAUACACCUACAGCGAGCCCAGGAGCUUCAAGAGCAGAUAAGAGCGGGCGAGCUUGCUUGUGGGCGCAUGACUCAACAGGUACUAGAGGCGCAGGAGGAAAUCAGAAGUCUAACUCAAAAAGUAUUGGAGACGCGCGAGGCAAUUGUAAUUCGGAAACGACAUAUCAAGGAAGACGAGGAGAAAUUGUCGCAGGAAUUGCGGGCUAAAGAGCGCAAAAUGGAGGAAGUCAUGUCGAUUGUGUCUCGGGUGAACAAAAUUACACUAGAGACAAGUACUGCGAUUUCCGAUGGCGAUGGGCCACAUUACACGAUUUGGACCGACCAGACGACACGGGGGGCAUGA